AUGAUGCUGUCUUCACCAUUACUGUUCCCUCUUGCUUUCGCGUCUUACACGGUCGCAUCAAAGGCCCAAGCACACUUGGGCGGGGUACGAACAUGCCCUUGGACACCACUCGAGACGCUCCUGGAAUGUUCGACUUGGGAUAUCGCGACAGAAAGAAAGCAAAAUACAGAGACUGGGCAGCGAUGGACGGGGCCUCACGGAUGCGCAGGAGUCUACUGCUUAUACGCAAAUCGCGGCUUUGCAAACGGGCGAGGGAUCGUCAUCAUCUCAACACCGGAAAACGUGCAGAAAGCAAAGAGCUUGGAACAAGACCUACAGACUCCAGACCGGGAAGAUGAUCCGUCUUCACGGAACCCAUCAUUCCAGAUCGCAGAGGUAGAAGGCAAGGGACUCGGCAUGCUCGCCAACAAGACCCUUGCCCGGGGCGACACAGUCAUGCUCAAGACCCCAGUUCUCCUCGCCCACCGCGCCUUCAUCGAGCGCACGGCAGCAGCAGACCGGCACUUCCUCCUCGACAGCGUCACGAGCUUCCUGCCGGCUGCGACACGCAAGACCUUCCUCGGCCAGAUGGGGCACUUUGGCGGCCACAAGGUCAGCGAUAUCAUGGCGACCAACUCGUUCCAGAUGGACCUCGGCGGCGGUGUGCAGGGCGACGGCCACCACUACGGCAACUUCCCCGAGGUAUCGCGGUACAACCACGAUUGCCGUCCCAACGUCGCCUUCCGCAUCGACGGCCUGCGACACCGCACCACUAUCGUCAGGACGGUUAAGCCGGGCGAGGAGCUGACAAUAUCGUACCUCGAUCAGCUCGGCGUCCGCUCCGUGCGGCAGCACCGCGCCAAGAGGGCGUGGGGCUUCGAGUGCAGGUGCUCGCAGUGCAGCCUGCCCAAGAAGCUCGCCGCGGCGUCGGAUCAGCGGCUGAUGGAGCUGGAGGAGCUGGAGAGGCAGCUUUCUGAUAUCGGAGCCAAGGUGACGGUGGCCACGGUGGAGAGGUUUUUGAAGCUGUAUAAGGAGGAGAGACUUGAGUCAAAGCUGGCGGGCGCGUAUACGACUGCGGCGCUCAACUUUAACCUACUUGGGAGGAAUAAGCUGGCCGUCAAGUAUGCCAAGCUGGCUGUUGAGGCUGGUACGAUUGAGAGUGGGCCGGAGACGGGGGAUGUUGAAGCGAUGAGGGAGCUGGCGGCGGAUCCGAAAAAGCACUUUACAUGGAGAGGGAGGCUUAGAUGA